GCCGUCUGGAUCACAAUUAUGUUGGUUAUGGUUGUCGGCCUCAACCUUCUACCUGUAAAGUUCUACGGCGAAACGGAGUUCUGGUUCGCUGGACUCAAAGUCCUGACCAUCGUCGGUCUGCUGAUCCUUUCAAUCGUUCUGUUCUUCGGCGGCGGUCCAUCCCACGAGCGCCUCUAUUUCCGGUACUGGAAGGACCCCGGCGCUACCAAGGAGUUGAUCGUUCAAGGUGACGCCGGCAGAUUCGUGGCCGCUUUGUCAACUCUUCUUAGCAGUGUGCUCCCGUUCACCUUUUCGCCCGAGAUGGUUGUUGUCACUGCUGGAGAAGUCCAGUCCCCUCGCAGAAACCUACCAAAAAUCGCCCGCAACUUCUUCUGGCGAUUGAUUGUCUUCUACAUUGGCGGCACCAUUGCCAUCUCCGUCAUCUGCCCCUCUAACGCACCGGCCCUCACUAGCGGAAGCUCUGGAGCCGCUGCUUCUCCCUGGGUUGUGGGAAUCAAGAACGCGGGAAUCAAGGGACUCGAUAGCGUAAUCAACGCCGUCGUGGUUACGGCCGCCUGGUCCGCCGGCAACUCGUUCCUCUAUCUAGCAAGCCGAUCUCUGUACUCGAUGGCCUGUGAAGGCAGCGCCCCGCGGAUCUUCAAGCGGUGCACCAAGCAAGGAGUUCCCAUCUACGCCGUCAUAGCCAGCUCGUUAUUCUCGCUUUUGGCUUACAUGAACGUCAACUCCAACGCAGCAGACGUUUUCAACUGGCUGCUGAAUCUCGUCAACACUGGAGGCUUCAUCUCCUGGGUCUGCUGCGGAAUCAUCUACAUCCGCUUCCGAAAGGCCUGCGACGUUCAGAAUUUGCCGAAAUCAGCUCUUGUCGCACGAUCUUUCUUGCAGCCUGUUGGGUCAUACAUCUCGCUAGUCAUAUUCGGACUUCUGUGUCUUCUUAACGGUUUCACUGUCUUCUUCCCAUCUCGCUGGUCCGUGGCAGACUUUCUCUCAGCGUACAUCGGACUGCCUUUGUUUAUCGUUAUCUACUUUGUCCAUCGAUUUCUACAUCGCGCUGAUUCCUGGGCCAUCUCCUCUCAUGAGGUGGACCUCAAGACCGGACUUGCAGAGUUGGAGGCAGAGGAGUCAUUGGAGGAGCCCAAAGAAGGGUUGCGGGCGCGUUUCAAGCGCCAUGUAGGUCGAUCUUAGGAUAUUGUCAGACGUAUGAGUGGCAAGGCCUCGCAGUCUCCUGCCCGACUCUAGUCCGGCGCUAAGGAGUCUAAGAGACAUGGGAGCGAUAUUGAUUUAGGCACUCGAUAAAACACUUGUUAAUAUCAGAUAAGAAAUGAACAACAUUAGACAAGAUUCUCU